AUGUCUCGUUUUAGCAUAAAGAGGCCUGGGAAUUAUUUCUUCAUUGUGCCAUGGAUCGCAUUUAUACCUUGGUGGGGGAUGCUGAUAGCGAUGUUGGCCUGUUGGGCUGGUCAAGGACAUCCAAUAUAUUGGUUUAUGAAUGGUGAUCAAUUCCCGGUUUAUAUCUCUGAUAUAGGUGCAACUAAUCUACAACCUUUAUUUAUUUCAUGUUCAGGUUGGCAAGGUUUGGGUUAUGUGAUCUCCAUUGCCUGUGAAUUCUUCCAGAGAUCUGGCCAUUGGCCAUUUCGUUUGAGAUCUAAGAAGUAUCUUAAAAGCACUGUUGAUGAGGAUUGUGAUACAAUGAUGACAAAUGAUGAAAUGAAAUCUGAAUAUGCUGAAAUUAUGCUAAAAUCAAAUUUUUAUAUGCCUCCUUGGUACACUGUACAUGAUAGAAAUUUUAUCUUUGCUGCGUUUAUAUUUGGUUUGUUAGGUGAAGUGUGUUUAUUGAUGGCAAGUAUUUUCUCAACUGCUCACUACCACCAUGUCCAUAUCGCUAUGGUUGUAUUAUUCGUUAUCUUGAUGUUCAUCUCGGUUUGUUGUCUAAUCGCAGAAUAUGCUUCAAUGGGUAAACACUAUGCUUUGUUGCAUCCUUUAGCAAAUCCUGAAACUACCAUACCUUUCGAAAGACUUCGUUGGUAUCAAUGGAGUGGUCAUAUCUGGAAUAAAUUCACACUUAGUGCUGCAUUUAAGGCAGUAUGGCUGACUCUUGGUGUGGUGUGGGCAAUUUGUUUUGGUGCUUGUGGAGAUUCUAUCAGUGCUUGUUUCGAAUGGUUACUAGCAUUUUGGUUCGGUUUACUGUUUAUCAGCAUUUCAGUAGAUUUCUACUUAGGUGGUAGGUACAAAUAUUCUAAAUAUUUCCACCAAGUACAAUCAUUCCAUGGCUAUUAUAAAUACGACAAAAUCAUCUCAAGUAGCAGUAGUAGCGAAUCUACAUUAGCUUCAACUGACAACGAGUUUAAGCAUGUCAUAAUCAAUGAUACUGACACUGCCAAUGAUGUAGUAGUUUAA